GAGGGAAAAGUGGGCGGAGCCAGGGGUGUCAUGGCGGCCUCCACAGUCCUCACGUGAGUUUCUGUUUUGAUGAUACUGAGCAGAGAAAUUGAAGCUGGCUCCAUCCUGGCACCCUCCAUUUCUAUUUAGGGAUGCAUGACAGACUUGAUGCUGUCUCCUGUCCAAGCUCUGGUGGGAAACCUGGCUGGGAUUUGGACAAUAAGUAUCUUGGUUCUGCAUCUUAAGAGUUUGGGUUUGGACCUUGGGAGGCUUCUGCGAUGGAGACUCAGCCGAUUUCUGACAUUCAGGAUGUAGUCAAGAUGGACCAGUCAUCAGGUGUGGAACCACAACCAGAACCAGAAGGAGAUGCAAGACCAUUUCCAACAGUGCCAGUGAGAAUUGGAGAUCUCACUAAUUUUUCAGUGGACUGUGCACCCGGGGAGGCUUGUGCGAUGGAGAUUCAGCCGACUUCUGACAUUCAGGAUGUAGUCAAGGUGGACCAGUCAUUAAGUGUGGAACCAGAACCAGAAGGAGAUGCAAGACCAUUUCCAACAGUGCCAGUGGGAAUUGGAAAUCUCACUAAUUUUUCAGUGGAUUGUGCACCCGGGGAGGCUUGUGCGAAGGAGACUCAGCCGACUUCUGACAUUCAGGAUGUAGUCAAGAUGGACCAAUCAUCAGGUGUGAAACCACAACCAGAACCAGAAGGAGAUGCAAAACCAUUUCCAGCGGUGCCAGUGAGAAUUGGAGAUCCAAAAAAUGAAGAGGAUUCAUCUGAGAUGUUUUCUGGAGCCGACCUCUCAGAAGGGGAGCCCCAGUUAGAAGAUGCUGUGCAGCCUUCAGAGCAAGGAUCAGAGGAAGAGAAGAAGGAAGGACAUGAACCUUCGACAGAAGGAGGCGAAUAUUACUUUCCAACAUACGACUUCUCCCAGCCUCCCAGACUUCUGACGGGCUCUUGGGCAGAGUACGGCCGCAUGCCAGAAAACUUCCUGAAGGGAUGCAAAUGGGCCCCUGAUGGGACGUGUUUGCUCACCAACAGUGCGGACAACACGCUGCGGAUUUACAACCUUCCGGCGGAGCUGUAUUCUGAGGAAUGGGGGACUGUUGCUGAAAUGAGCCCUGUGCUGCGUAUGGCAGAAGGGGACACGGUCUAUGACUACUGCUGGUUUCCACUGAUGAACUCUUCCGACCCGCAGACUUGUUUUGUGGCCAGUAGCAGCCGGGACAACCCCAUCCACAUAUGGGAUGCUUUUAAUGGUGAUCUCAAAGCUACCUUCCGGCCGUACAAUCACCUGGACGAACUGACCGCUGCCUAUUGCCUGUCCUUCACCCCGGAUGGCUCUCGGCUUUUCUGCGGCUUCAACAAGACCGUGAGGGUGUUCAACACGUCGCGUCCCGGACGGAUGUGUGAGAACAGGCCUACUUUGGUGAAGAAGCAAGGCCAGAGCGGCAUCAUUUCUUGCAUCGCCUUCAGUCCAACGCAGCCGCUGUACGCCUGUACCUCCUACGCCAAGACGGUGGGCCUCUAUUCCUUGGAAGAAGGCCACGCCUUGGCUGUGCUCCAGGGGCACCAGGGGGGCAUCACCCAUGCGCUCUUUUCCCCCGACGGCAACCACUUGUUCACCGGCGGCCGUAAGGAUGCUGAGAUCCUAUGCUGGGACCUUCGUCAGCCAGGCCAGGUCCUCUUCUCUGUGGAUCGGACGGUUGCCACCAAUCAGCGGCUUUAUUUUGACUUGGAUUCGAGUGGGGUGUUUUUGGUGAGCGGGAACACGGAUGGGCUCGUCUCCAUCUGGGACACCACCCAGCCUCCAAGCAGCGAUCCUCAGCCGUUGCUGCAUCCUGUUUUGCAAUUCCAGGCCCUGCAGGACUGUAUCAAUGGAGUCAGCCUCCACCCUAGCCUUCCUCUUCUGGCCACGGCCUCCGGCCAGCGCAAGUUCCCCAGCCUCUCGGACAGCGGGGACGAAGAAGAAGGAGAUGACCACCUUUCUGGUCACCUUACAAACCCCGGAGAUAACUGCCUCCAACUUUGGUGGUGCGCUCCUGAGAUUGGAACCGAAGCUUCCCAAGACAUCCCUUGACUUUGUGCCUUUUCUUGGGUCUCAAAUGGCAAAAGGAGUCCUUGCUCCUGGUGCCGAUGGACCCUGGUAUCUUUUUUGUAUGUCUGAAUGGGGCCUGGUAGUGGACACAGGCAAUGUAUCAAAGAGAAAUGGCAUUUGUGCUUGGAUGUGCAGCUGGAAGUCGUUGCCUUUCUCUUGGGAUGUGACGCUGUUGGAGACGAAGGUGAGUGAAAAAUAAAUAAAUAUAUAUAUUUGUGGUUCUAUAUUAGGAGGUGUAUCCUUACUAGUCUUAGAAGUGGGGACUCUAUAUGGGGAACUGUCUGUUUGAUGAACAGAAAAAUGUGACCCCAAACCAUUUUGAUGAACUUUUUUUUUUAAAGAAUUUUAUUAAAUUUUUUAUACUACAUCGAAAGAGUGAGAACAACCAAGGUAUAGAAAAGUAGGGAAAAGAGAGAAAGAUAAAAGUCUACAAUCUACAAAAAUAUACCCACACACAAAAAAACAAAAAGCAAAAAAAAUAUAUUAAAAAAAUGACUUCCAUCUUCUUGGAUAAUAUUUGGAUAAUUAUUUUCAAUAAUAUUUUUUCUUGCUAAGGAGAAAACAAAAUAGCAAAAUUGUCUCUCGUAAUCUUCAUUUUCUCAAAUUAUCCAGAUAGUCCUGAAGAUCGUCCCAAUUCGUUCUUUUCAUUAUCUUGCCUGUAUUUUUCUUCAACAAAAAAGUCAAUUCGUCCAUAUCCUUUAUCUCUUUGAUGAACUCUUUAUUUCUCUGUUCAUAGACACACGUAUACAUACCGCAAAGCUCCCAAAUGAAGCAUCUAUAUUACUCUCUCCACAAUUAUAAAAUACAACAAUAAGCAACAAAAUCAGCCCAUAAAUAAAUGGUCCAUUUUAUUGUACUUUAUUUUAACUGUUUUUAUUUUUAACUGAUUCAUAUGUUAAUUGAGUUUUUUAUGAUUUACUGUAUUGUUUUGGUUAAGGCAACUGUUUUUAUAACUGCUGAUUUUACUGUCUUUGUAUUGCAAUGUGUUUUAACUGAUUUAUUGUUUUGUAUUUCGGGCUUCUGACCCGUGUAGCUGCCCCGAGUCCCUGCCGGGAGAUGGUGGCAGGGUAGAAAAAUAAAGUAUUAUUUAUUAUAAUUAUAUUUUAA